AUGCUUGUUUCUUCCGUCGGUGCUCUGAAACCUUUGUGUCCUUCCCGUCACAUCUCUGAGGCCCUUUACGUCAUUUCGGACGCUCAUAGGUCUCGUGGCACACCUCGUCAUGUAUCUGUCGAACGCCGCGUGCUCCCAUCCAUCCGUCCCUCCCUACGCUUACCAGACGCGGAUGCCGCGUCGCAGGGGAAGCUGCUAUUCAUUGUGCUCUGCGGAGCCACGGUCGUGCUUUUCAUCGUCUUCGUCGCCCUCCUCGCCCUCCUCAUCUCACUCCACUAUCGAGCUGCCCGUUCGGCUGCCCCCGCGGAAACGGCGAAGAAGCUGCCCCUGAGGGCAAUCUGGAGGGCGACGUCGAGUCUGGGGGUGGCGCAGCAGGUGGGGGAGGGGGACUUUGGGCGCGCGUACCUGGGGGAGCAUCGGGGGGAGGCCUGGCUCGUCGUUGUCUCCACGUCAGACAACAUUGACAUCAUCAAAGCGUUCCGGAGGGAGGUCGAUACCCUGGGCCCCGUGUCACACCCGUCAUUGGUGCGCCUGGUGGGGUGGGCGGAGGAGGUAGGGCGCAACAUGCUCGUGUACAACCACCCUGCUCCGCUGCUACACGCCCCCGCCCUUUCCCCAUCCCCCUCCCCGUCCUCCUUCCGCCGGGGCGGUGGUUCCUCUGCUGGCGGCUCUAAGAGAACUGCUGCCGCCGCUGGUGCAGGUGCUGCUGCUGCAGCUGCGGCUGGUGGUGGUGGUGCUGCUGCCGGUGGUGCUUCCUUUGUGAAGGCCAGCAGCUUUGCUGCCAGCGGUGGUGCUAACGCCAAUCGUGGUUUUGACGCUCUUGCCACUUCUGGCGCUGCUGGCGCAGCUGCAGCUGCGGCUGGUGCUGCUGCUGCUGCUGCUGGUGCUGUGGGUUCUGAUGUUGCGGGUGGGGGCGGUGGUACACUGCUGGAGUAUCUGUUGCAGCAGCACCAGUGGCAGCUGCAGCAACAGCAGACGGGUGGCGCAAUGGGAGGUGAGUCGCUGAUGGUUUGGCAAUCCCCCGGCCUGCCUGUCCUUCGAGCGGCGGGUGGACAUAGCACACAGCCUGGCGGCAGCACUGCACCACCUGCACUGCUGCGCGGACCCUCCUUUGGUGCACUGGUCUCCCACCCACCAUUGUGCCUGUAUCCCACAUGCUAUCGCCCUCACCCCCCAGACGCCGCUCUAUCUCUCUCCUUUGAGCGGCGGGUGGACAUAGCGCACAGCCUGGCGGCGGGGCUGCACCACCUGCACUGCUGCGUGGACCCGCCCAUUGUGCACCGCCAAGUUAACUCCGGCAACGUGCUGCUGCAGCCGCGCUGGCCCUAUGCGCGGCUUGCCAACGUGGGGGAGGUGAAGGGGCUGCCCUAUGCGCCGACCAUUAACGGGCGGCGCAACCGGGCGGCGUACAUUGACCCGGAGUACUUUAUCGCGCUCAGGGCGUCUGCUGCCAGCGAUGUGUACAGUUUUGGCAUAAUCCUGUUGGAGCUUCUAACCGGCCAGCCAGCGGAGCAGAUCGACCCGGCCACAGGCCGCCGCGCCUACCUCAACAUCCCCGCGCUCACCGCCCUCAUCCGCGCGCACCACCUUCCACCGCUCCUCGACCCCGCGCUGCCCUUCCCCCCCACGCCCGCGCCCUCCGCGCUGCAAGCGCUCGCGUCCCUCGCGGCGGACUGCACAGUGCGGUACGCCAAGCAGCGCCCAGACGCGUCCGCAGUGCUUCUACAAAUGGAGGGGAUUCGCGAGGCCGUGCAGAACGGCCUCGCCGUGCAGGGCCGCGCGGGCGACCACCUGUCGCUCUCCAUACCUGGCUCGGUCGCCGAGGCGGAGGCUCGGGGGAGGUUCGGCAGCAGGGGCGGGGAGCUGGUGGGCGGGUCGGGCAGGGAAUGGGGGUCGGCUGGGGAGUUGUAUGGGGCGCAAGGGUCGGUUGGGUGGAGUGCAGGCGAGCGGUCACUCGGGGGAGGCGGGUCGGAGAGAGAACGGGGAGGUGAGUUGGCGAGAGAGCGGGGGGGCAGUGGGCGGUCGCACGGGGGCUCUGACAGGGAGAGAGGAAGCGGCACGAGCGGAGGAGGAAGCUUCUUAGACGGCUCAUCUGCGUACUUGUAUGGCGAACAACCGCGCGGAAUCGUCUCGUCUUCGUCCUACCCGCAGGUGCUCUCCUCUCUGGCCCAUCAACCCCCCUCCCCGCAUCCACCCGCCUCCCCCCAUACACCCUUCAAGCGCCACUCCCUGCCGCGCACACACACUGCCCCAGUCUCCCCCAGUCUCCUCCCCACGCUGCCCCUCUUCGAAGCGCCGCACUUCUCCUUCCACGCGCUGCAGCAAGCCACAGAGGGCUUCGCCCCGCACAGGGUGCACCGGCAGGCGCACCUGGGGGAGGUGUAUCUGGGGACGAUCAAAACCGUGGGGGAGGUGAUGGUGGUGCGGCAAAUGGCGCCCGGGGCGGGGGAAGGGGGGAGCACCGGGGGAGGGGGGAGCUUCGGGAGAGAUAAGCGUGGUGUGGGGGGGCGGAGUGGAGAACUGGGGAGGGGAGGGGAGUGGGGGACGGGGGAGGAGGCGCGGGAGAGGGAGAGGGAAAGGGAGAGGGACAUGUGGGUGAGUCGCACGAUAGCAGAGGCGCACGCGCUGAGGAGAGUGGUGCACCGCAACCUGGUGACUCUGCUGGGCUUUACCGUCACCACGGACCAGUGCCUGCUCACCUACACCCACACCGACGCCCCUGACCUCUUCCACUCGCUUCACCUCCCUGGUGAGACAUGUGGCAAGGUGAGACAUGUGGCAAGAGCAAGCAUUGCAGGAGCCCAUGGGGUGGCAGGCGAGGGUGCAUGUGGCGCAUGCCGUGGGGGAGGGGCUGCUGCAGCUGCACGUGUGCUCGCACCCCCACAUCCUGCACGGCGCACUCGUCUCACGCAACGUGCUGCUGCCCCACGGCCAACCCCCCCAGGCAAGUUUCUUUGCCUUGCGGCCAAACCCCCCAAGCAAGUGCGCUCCUUGAGACGUGUGGUUCAGUGUUAUGCUGGCACACACGCAUGUGCUGGCACACACGCAUGUGCUGCCACACACGCAUGUGCUGCCACACAGUCCCGCCUGUCCUUGCCCAUCCCGUCCGCCCAUCCAACCCUCUCGUUAUCCCCCGCCCGCCACUACUCCCCCAUUCCCCCACUCUCCCAUUCCGCCACUUCCAAAUCCCGCCACUCUCCCAUUCCCCCACUCUCCCAUUCCGCCACUUCCAAAUCCCCCCACUCUCCCAUUCCCCCACUCUCCCAUGCCCCCACUCUCCCAUUCCCGCACUCUCCCGUUCCCCCUUCCCCCGCCGCCAGCUAUUCGACUUUGGAAUGUCACACUUUGCAGAGGCUCGCAACGACAACUUCGCCUCGCCCUACUGCCAAGCGUAAGCGCCCUCCCUUCAGCCCUACUGCCAAGCGUAAGCGCCCUCCCUUCAGCCCUACUGCCAAGCGUAAGCGCCCUCCCUUCAGCCCUACUGCCAAGCGUAAACACCCUCCCUUCAGCCCUACUGCCAAGCGUAAGCGCCCUCCCUUCAGCCCUACUGCCAAGCAUAAGCGCCCUCCCUUCAGCCCUACUGCCAGGCGUAAGCACCCUCCCUUCAGCCCUACUGCCAAGCGUAAGCGCCCUCCCUUCAGCCCUACUGCCAAGCAUAAGCGCCCUCCCUUCAGCCCUACUGCCAAGCGUAAGCACCCUCCCUUCAGCCCUACUGCCAAGCAUAAGCGCCCUCCCUUCAGCCCUACUGCCAAGCAUAAGCGCCCUCCCUUCAGCCCUACUGCCAAGCAUAAGCGCCCUUCUUCCCUGCUACUAUUAAGCCCCUUCCCCUUCCACUCCUUGUCUUCCUCCCCCCCCUCUCACUCACUCGUUGCAGUGCGGCACCACAGGGGAGACGGACAAGACGAGAGGCGUGAGUCGCCCGAGAAGCAGCCCGCAUUGCCCCUUGUUCCCCACACUCCUUUACCUCCUCCUCCCCGCCCCACUCCGUGCAGGUACAUGGCCCCCGAGUGCGGCACCACAGGGGAGACGGACAAGACCACCGACAUGUAUGCUUAUGGUGUGCUGCUCCUUGAGCUCGUUUCCGGGAAGCUUCCGUACGAUGACGAUCGUGAUCCGGUGCAGCUGAGCGACUGGGCACGGCAGCAGGACUGGAGCAGCUCAGAUUCAAUAAAGGAGUUGGUGGAUCCGCUGUUAGAGGGGAUGUACAACGAGGAUGAGGUGCUCAUAUUGGCGUCCCUUGCAAUGCGAUGCAUCAAUGUGGAUAAGAGAGAGCGGCCGACGGUCAAAGAGCAGCGCCUUCGCCGCAAGCAGCAGUUGGACGACGGUCCGGGGAGCGCAUUGGCGGAAGAAGCCCCGCGGAAGGCCAAGAAGCGCGCUGGGGGCGCGGCAGCGGCCGCGGAGGGAGCCGCGCAGCAGCCCCAGCCGCAGCUGGACACGAUCCCCGCGCAGCUGCCCGCGCAGAUCCCCGAAACCCCCCCCAGUUCCGCCACGCUGCUCGACCCCGUCCCCAUUGACGUCCCCUCCGCGUCCGACCAGCCGUCCCUGUCCACCUCCUCCGCGCUCUCCGCCUCCGCGGUCUCCCCCGCGGACUCCCCCGCGGAUGAGCUCGCGGGGCUGACCCAGCGCGUGGCUAAGAGCGUGCGGGACGUGCGGGGGUACGCCAAGCUCAACGUGUCCACGGCGACCGUGCAACAGCGCGUGGCUAAGAUCGUGUGGGACGUGCGCGGGUAUGCGGAGCUCAAUGUGUCCACUGCAACAAGGUGUGCAACUGUACAGCAGGUGUGCGAGAUGGUGGACCACAACCUGGCGCCGUGGACACGCAUCCCGCAGAUUCGUGACGGCAUGGGCGCUGCCGGCAUGGUGGCGCCCAGCCUUGUCAAAACCAUCAGCCAGCGCGCACGGGUGAUUCAUGUCUUGCGCUGGCCACGUGAGGGUGGUGGACGGAUCAGUCUACUUCCUCCUUCGCACAACCCGUUCUCCCACUCCCUCAUUCCUCUCCUUCCUCUCCUCCCUCCCUCCCUCCCUCCCUCCCUCCCUCCCUCCUCCCCCUCCUCCACCAAUCAGUUUAUGUCAUGCGCCGGCCACGUGAGGGUGGUGGACGGGUCAGUCUAUUUCCGUUUGGGCGGAUUCAUCACCAUCCCGCACUUGGUGCCCCUCUCCCACCCCCCAAACCUUCUCCCCCCCCCUCCCGCCCCCACCCCCCUCCCCUCCCAUCAGUUUAUGUCAUGCGCCGGCCACUUCAUGUCAUGUGCGGGCCACGUGAGGGUGGUGGACGGGUCAGUCUACUUCCGGCUGGGCGGAUUCAUCACCGUCCCCUACCGCGUGCGGCGCUUCCUGCAAACCGUGCAGACCAUUCAGCGAGCAGUAGACUUCCACAACCUGGCGGCCGUGCGGGCGGAGUUCUUUGUCAACACGUGCGACCUGCCCAUCAGCUAUGACAGCGACGUGGGCGGCAGCCGCCCGGUGGGCUUUCCCUUCUUCAGCACGCGCGUCGUCCCCGGCUCCGUGGACGUGGCCAUCCCAGACCCGCUUGACUUACCUGACAACAUGGAUCUGCCUGAGAACGUGGAGGUGCGCGAGGGAGUAGAGAUGGUUGGGAUGGACCCCCUCGACUUACCUGACAACAUGGACCUUCCUGAGAACGUGGAGGUGAGAGAAUGGAGUGCGGUUGGUCUUGCUUGCUCCGUGGACGCGGCCAUUCCCGACCCUUUCGACCUGCCCGACAACAUGGACCUUCCUGCGAACGUGGAAGUGGGUGGUUUGGGAAGAGAGAGCGGCAGAGGGGGGGCUGUGGGGUUGGGUUGGCGAAUGAUUGAUGCUGGGGUGUGGGUCUGCUCUGUGGACGUGUCGUGGGAGGAGAAGGAGAACCGCGCUGUGUUCCGCGGCACGGCCAGCAGCUUCCCGUUUGAGGACUCGCAGAACUGGCGCGCCCACCCCCUCAUCCGCCUGCACAGAACUGGCGGAGGGCGCACCCCCUCAUCCGCCUGCACAGGUGGGGCCUUCUGGGGUAGGAUGGCGGAAGCGCGGCCAGACCUGCUGGAUGUGAAGCUGAUCGGGUGGAGCCGAGACAUCGAUGGGGACGUGCGCAAGAGGAUGGAGGCGGAUGGAGUGGCCAUGGUGGGGCGCCCCACACUCACGGCCGACCCACCAAUGAGCAAGUUCAAGUACCAGAUCGUGUCAGGGCUGCCCUCCUCGCACCAGACCUGUGCUAUUCUGGCCCGGGGCGAGCAGUCCAAGUACCAGAUCGUGUCUGGCCUGCCCUCCUCCCACCACACCUGUGCUAUUCUUGCGCGGGGCGAGCAGCCAUAUGUGAACUUCGUCCCUUCUUCUUCCCCGUCCCCCCAUCAUACCACCCCCACUUCCCCUGUACCCCCCUCCUUUACCCCCUCCCUCCUACAGGUGGCCAUCAGGCAGGCCUCGCCCUACGCGGAGUUCUUCACGCCACUCUUAAAGCCCUACGUGAACUUCAUCCCGGCGAACCGGCACUUUGACAACCUGAUAGAGAAGCUGCGGUGGGCGCAGAGCCACGACAACCACGUGCACCACAUGGUGGCCGCGGCUAAACGGGCGGCCAAGUGGGCGUGCACACGUAGCGGGCACACGCUUUACUGGGCCAUCCUCCUUAUAAAGUACUCCAAGAACGCGCUACAAGACCCCUCUACAAUCAAGGCCCCGGUCAAGACGCUCUGCCAGGACCCCCUCGAUCCCGCCCUCCUGGAAAUGGCCGGCCUUGCUGCUCCCUCCUCCCCCACCUCCUCUCCCUCGCUCUCUCUCCCGGACUCCUGGCCCCCCGUGUGCUCCCGUGACAAUAUUGACCGCAGCGCUCAGCCAAAGUGUGUAUAUUACUGCCAGAAGGGGGUCAUUCCCGGUAAGAGCUUUGUCUGGGUGUCGGCAGAAGCCCUCAAGGCUGGUGUUGGGGCGCAGUCAGCGUAG